AUGCAGGGCUGCUACCCCUGCAGCGGGGACGGCGCGCUGCCACUGAUUGCGUGCGCAACGCAAGGUUGCAACAACUUAUUCCAUCGCUCGUGCGCUCCCGAUGGCGACAACCGAGACGUCUGGUUCAACGCGUGUGUGCCACCGACCACCGACGACGACGAAGCCGACAACAACGACGAGCACGUCGCCGACGAAGAGGCGAACGAUGCCGCUGAGCUGGACGAUGAGGCUGAAGCGGCGGCCAACCAUGCAGCGAGUCUGCAAGCCUUGCGAGCGAUCCCGUUCAUUGGUCAGUGCACUGUCGGAGAAGCGAUUGACCUUCUCAUGGCACACGACUUUUGCAAGACGACUUUUCCGCCUCGGGUCACGGCGCUCGUCAAAAAACUCUUGGUGUCCAUCGAUGUGACGUUCACGGCUGAGCAGCGAGCGUUCCUCGAGCGCCUCGGCGAUAGAAAAUCGGUCGAAGCGCUACAAGAGACCUUGGCAAAUGAUGCGACGCGCCAGGCUACGCAAGCGCGGUUCUUCCAGCUUCAAGUGGCCAUCGCAGUUGACGAGUACAGUACGCUGCCGCAGACGCCGAGGCCAACGAGUAAGCUGUUUCAAGCCAUCCUCCAAACGCCGAACGACAUCGACGGUUUCUUGCUGGCGCAGUUCGACGACGUUAUGCCCCAGCAGACGUAUUGGCGGGUGUCCUCCUACGCGUUUGAAGUAUUCAGGUACAGCGAAGCACGGCUCGACGAGUUCCAGACACCCAAGAUUUUCGGGUGUCCGGCGGAUAUGAGCCAAUACGUAUGUUGGGGCAUGCCGUCGUCGAACAGCGUCCUAUGCGUGCCGUACCGAUCGCUCUUGAUCCCCGUCUUGUGCAUGUACGGGGCAUGGACGGGUUUUUUGUCUAGCACACGCCACUUGCCCUAA